UUUUGGGAUAGAGCGAGAGUGCUUCCAUUUUUUCAGCUUUGAUUUCAUGUGCUCUUCGAUUUCCCCUGCUCCUGGGCUGUUCCACAGUUCGUUGGCUGCUGGCGCAAUUAACCUUUUCUCUACGGCGCGUACACAUCUCCAUGGCUGACGCUUGUCUGCGUUCAUACACGGUGCUCGUUUGGCCUCCGCGUUAUAUUAUUGCAUGAUACUGGUACUGGUUCUUUUGUCCACACAAUUGAAUUGCAUAAUUGCAUGAUUGCCAUUUCUAGGCAAGACGGGUGAAGCAAGGACCUCAGCUGCAGAGGAGUGUGUGAGAGAGAAUCAGUGGACAACCCUUCUCUCUUGCUGCAGAGUAGUCAUAUCUUGUGCCCAGAUUAAGCAAGAGAGGAGCAAAUCGCUUUUACUUUUUGACUGCCCUGAUUGUGUGGUAGUAGUUACUAGUACUAUAUAUGAUUGCAUCGAUGGAAGCCAUACCCAAGAGACCGCCUGAGAGCUCCUCAAUCUCCUCAUCCAUUCCUCAUCUCCCUCUCUCCAUCGCCUGCUACACAGUCUACUCAUCUAUACCCACCAUGAGCAAUCUCUUCUUCCAAGAGGCAAAAGAAUUCGAGAUGUUGCUGGACAACACGGCAAACAUCGUUCACAAACUGAAGGAAGCCAGCAUGGAGUUUGGUUCAGUCACUACUGAAUCUUCUGCAAUGAAGGAGAUCAAGGGCUACAUGGAGAAAGACAUGGAUGAAGUGGGAAAGAUGGCACAGAUCAUGAAAGAGAAAUUAUGCAAAAUGAUAGGAAAUGUACUGAUAUGAGAUUAGC